AUGGCCGGGUUCGCGCGCGCCACCGCCUCCACGCCCAUGUCGCCGGCGGCGGCGGGCCCGCCGUUGCUCACCGGCGAGCGCCUCGUAGUCUUCCUCUUCGCGGCCCGCGUGGCGCUCGCGGCACCGGCGCACCUCGCCGCGCCGCUCGCGAUCCUCGUGGCGGCCGCCCUCGCCGUCGAGCUCGCCGUGGACGGCUCCGCCCCGCUCCGCCGCUUCCGGACCAGGCCAGGUGCUUCAUCAGGCAUACUUCUUGGCGCCACUACUCUGCCCAGCGUCAUGCUUUCUCGGUUAAUUCAACUGUCGAGGCUCUUACCAACUGAUCCUAAUGGACCUAAAGAAUUUGCAUACCUGGAAAUGCAGUACUGGGCAGCAUCAAUCAGCUGUCUCAGUGUGCUAGCUUUAUUCCUUUGGCAUCUACGGAAGUCUCCCAGCAAUGGAAUUUCUAAACAUUUGGAGUACGGCUCAUUGUUGAUAGUUUUAUAUCUCAUGACAUUCUUUUUGUCCUUUCUACUGAAGACUGAUGGAGGCCUGAUGGUAAUGACCAGUAUGGUGUAUAUGCUCUGUCAUGGAGUGGCUGGUGUGAUCUUAAUCAAGCAUAUUCUAGAGAAGUUCCCCUCAUGCUCAUCUUUUGGGGAGGCGCUUCUGGUGUCAAGUGGUCUUAUUCUCUACUUUGGUGAUAUGUUGGCACAUACACUUUCAAAGAUGGAGUUCUCCGUGUCAUCAAAAGCAUUCAUUCGCACACCUAGAACUAGAAGUGAUAUGACCGCAAUUAUUCAGGGGAUUUUACUUGUCCUUUUUCUACUUCCAUUAUUAUACAAGAGUUCUCUUCAAGUUUGGUAUUCAUGUAGAAUGAAGGGAAAGCAACAAACACAAGCAGCUGAGGAACAUACGCGAAAAAGAAUUGGUUCUGCUGUAUUCUAUAUCUCAUUGUUGGUGGUGUUAAUGUUUUUACUGCCAUCAUGGACACACCUUGUCCAAGGCCUCAAAGUGCAUCCUUUUGUCUGGAUUCUUAACUAUAUGUUCACUGAUUCACAUGAACGACUUGCUUUAUGUGCAUACUGGAUAUGUGUAAUAUAUGUAUCGGUUAGAAGGUUCUACAGUAUAUCAAAGCAAAGCAAGACAGAGAGGAUUCUUUUGCGCAAGUAUUAUCAUCUCGUCGCUGUUCUCAUUUUCUCUCCUGCAGUUAUAUUUCAGCCUGCUUUCUUGGACUUGGCAUUUGGUGCAGCAUUUGCAGUUUUCUUGGUAUUGGAGAUGAUACGAAUUUGGGAAAUAUACCCUCUUGGACAUCUUGUGCAUCAGUUUAUGAACGCCUUUACUGAUCAUCGUGAUUCUGAGAUUCUUAUUGUCAGCCAUUUUUCACUCUUACUGGGCUGUGCACUUCCCAAAUGGAUGUCAUCUGGAUUAAAUGAUCGACCACUUGCCCCUUUUGCUGGAAUUCUCAGCUUGGGGAUAGGUGAUACCAUGGCAUCAAUGAUAGGGUACAAGUAUGGUGUGUUAAGAUGGAGCAAGACAGGAAAGAAAACAAUCGAAGGCACGGCAGCGGGCAUAACCUCGAUGCUAGCAGCCUGCUCGAUCCUGGUGUCACUCUUAGCUUCCAGUGGGUACAUUCUUUCGCAGAAUUGGUUAUCACUUCUGAUAGCUGUCACAUUGAGUGGAUUGUUGGAGGCAUACACUGCACAGCUGGACAAUGCCUUCAUCCCCCUCGUGUUCUAUAGUCUUCUAUGUCUAUAG